CAUGACCGACUAGCGUUCGGUUCUGAGGCAGUGAAGUUUACUGCGACUCAAAACAAGCGGUUUAUUUAUGAGCGGAACGGAGCAGGAUUCGUUAUGCCGCGAUUGUUAAAAUUUUUAGAUAACAUUUUAUAAACGUCGAAUUGUACAGUUUGAAAGACUUUUGAAUCAUGUGUUCACAGAGGAUAAUCGCUGUUUUUACAUUGAUCACAGUUGAAUGUAUUCGUGCAUCGCCGCCGAAUUUUGUGCUGCUGUUCGCCGAUGAUUUGGGUUACGGUGACCUGGGGUGUUUCGGGCACCCGAGCUCUCUCACCCCCAAUCUGGACCGGCUCGCGGCAAAUGGGCUGCGCUUUACCGACUUCUACGUCACGAGUCCCGUGUGCAGCCCUUCCAGGGCUGCCCUGCUGACGGGCCGCUAUCAGACCCGCUCUGGGAUUUAUCCGGGUGUGCUCUAUCCGGGCUCAAAAGGGGGUCUUCCGCUCAACGAGACCACUAUUGCAGAGGUGCUGAAGUCUCAGGGUUAUGUCACAGCAAUGGUCGGAAAAUGGCAUCUGGGUGUUGGUCCGAAUGGCACUUACCUGCCCACCCGACAGGGCUUUGACAAUUAUCUUGGUAUCCCAUACUCACAUGACCAGGGUCCAUGUCAGAAUCUCAACUGCUUUCCUCCAGAUGUGAAGUGUUUUGGACACUGUGAUCAAGGUGUGGUAACUGUACCUGUCUUCUUUGGUGAGAUGAUAGAGCAGCAGCCUGCAGAUUUCCUGCAGCUGGAGAAGGCCUACAGUGACUUUGCCUCUCAGUUCAUCCAUGUUGCCGUCCAAAAUAAGCUCCCAUUCUUUCUGUAUUAUCCAUCACAUCACACACACUACCCUCAGUAUGCAGGAGCAGAGUAUGCAGGCAUGUCACCUCGAGGGCCAUUCGGUGAUGCUCUCAUGGAGUUUGACGGCUCUGUGGGGAAGAUUCUGCAAACUCUUGAGGAGGCGGGUGUGAUCAACAAUACACUCAUCUUCUUCACUGGUGACAACGGGCCAGAGCUAAUGCGAAAGUCUCGUGGGGGAAACGCAGGACUGCUGAAAUGUGGCAAAGGCACGACUUAUGAUGGAGGAAUGAGAGAGCCAGCCAUUGCAUACUGGCCUGGAUUCAUCCAACCAGGUGUCACCCGUGCUCUGUCCAGCUCUUUGGAUAUUCUACCCACCUUUGCUAAAUUGGCUGGGGCUUCAUUACCUGAGGUGGAACUGGACGGGGUGGACAUGACAAAUGUCCUGUUCAAUCUCGGACCGAGCAAACGAAAGACCAUGUUCUUCUACCCCACUUUUCCGAGUGAGAAGUACGGUGUGUUUGCAGUAAGAUGGAAAAAUUACAAAGCCCAUUACUAUACACAAGGCGCAGCUCACAGUGAAACCACUCCAGAUAAGGACUGCUCAGUAUUAUCCAUCCUGAAGCAUUACGAUCCUCCUUUACUCUUUGAUUUGGAGUCAGACCCCUCGGAAAACUACAACCUUAGUGGUCCAGAGUGGGACAGUGUGCGCCAGCAAAUCCAGGCCAUCAAGGAGCAGUUUGAGGCUUCUGUGGUGUUUGGAGAGAGUGAGAUUGCAAAAGGGAUAGACCCCGCACUAGAGCCCUGCUGUAAUCCUAAUUGCUCCCCUAAACCCCAGUGCUGCCACUGCACUGUAAUGGAUGCAGACACUGCCAGUAUCACAAUAACUUGAUUAUUAACUAAGUAUCCAAUCUUGAUUUUCAUCUCAAAACAAAAGAGUAAAUAAGUACAGUUCUAGUCAUUUAAUCCUGCCACUCACUACUCUCCAAACACCUCACUCACUGCACAGAAUGAGAGAAUGAAUAAACCCACAUUAUACUUUUCUAAAAACGGUGUUAGUGACCGUGUAUCUCAGACAAACCAUUUGUUUUAAACCAAGCUUAAUAUGAAUGUGCCUCUGCCUAGCAUUGGGGUGAUUCUCACGAAACCUGUCCUGCUCUUAAUUUAAAUAAUAAAUAAAAAUAACAAAAAAAACAAAACAAAAUUAAAGCUGCUUGCAGCAAUGCAGAUUCCUCCUCAAAACUGCAAAUUAUGUAAAAAUUGACAUGGUAGAGACAUGUACUUCACAUGUACACAACAUUUCAUUAAUUUGUUGUUAAACAUUGCUAGAAUCUUCAUAUAAACUGGUGAUUGAAUCAAAGUAUCGGUUUUAUGACUAGCGGAUUUGUAAAGCAUUAUUUUAGCGUUAGCGAUAAAUAAUAGUAAACUGUAAUUCUGUCAUCUUUUGACAUCAAGGUGAAAUUUUGCACAGUACUUCAGAAUGAUGUCAUCUUGAAGCCUGUUAGGUUGGAAAAAACAUUAGUCAAAAUGGCAUUAGAUGUUUUGGACAUAUGGAUAUUGAGACAAUGUGGACAUUUACAUAAAUGCGCACCUUUCAGCCAUUUUGUAUUGUAUUCAUUUUUGCUAAAUAUCAAAUUGAAAGACAUGUAUCCUACACAUACAUACCGAGUUUCAAGUCAAUUGGAGCUAUGGUUCAGGAGGAGUAGAUUUCUGUCGUUUUGGACAAAUUUGUAUUGUACAGGAAAAUCCAUCAUGGCGGACUUUAUGGGUUCUAGAGGCUUUUUUGUUCCUCAUGAGAAAUGAGGCAAAUAUACCAGGUUGCAGAAAUGUUGGACUUAUGGGGUGGAAAUGGCAUCACUUUGAAAAUGGACAAAUUGGGGCGUGGCCUGUAGCGCCACCUAUAGGCUCACGUGGGCCAUUUUUGGUGUGGUAGUUACUCAUGGCCUGUAGUAUCAAUGUGCCAAAUUUCAAAACUUUUUACCAACGAGAUCUUGAGUUAUUGGGCAAUUUAGAGCUACAGGAAUAAUAAUAAUAAGAAGAAGAAGAAGAAUACUACCAAAAACAAUAGCUUUCCUCCUACUGGAGGAAUUCUAAUAAAAUUGCAUUUUGCAUAAAGAAAAUGAAGCCUGCAUUAGGACCAUUAGAAGUUUUUAUAUCGUGCCACCUAAGCACAUUCUCAUUACCGUAACCAAUCUGGACACUUUUUUUUUUUUUUUACUAUUCCCUCUGUUUUCUUCUUUGUAAUUUAAGUUUUUAUUGUGGAAAUCAUACAAUCGACAACAUCUGGUUACAACGUUUGCUACAGUUACAGCUUUUCCAACUUAUUUUAAGUCUUCAUUGCUAACAAUUACAAUCAGAAAGUACACUCAUUUUCAUAAAGACAUGAGUAGCAAGUUUCUCAAAUGACUGUAUCCAGUUAGUUUAAGCAACGUACUGGACUUUAAACUAUUUGCUAUCUCGACACAAAACUAUUUACAGAAGUGAGGGAGGAUGUCACAUCAAUCAGAAAUACUCAUACUGUAUUCAGUCUACAACAAAAAUACAUUUGGUUCAAUAGGGGUUACAUACUCAAUCCAUUUGAUUAAAUAUUUAAUGAAUAUAUCUCUCUGAAGGUUCAAACUGAAUGUAAUUUUUUUUCCAUAGUGAAGACAUUCUUUAAGACUUCGAUCCAGUCCUGUAUUUGUGGAGAAUUAGGUUUAUACCAACAUCUAGUUAUAGCCUUAUUGAUUGAUGCAAGAAGGAUUUUAUCCAUAUAUUUAUUCUGACUUUUCCAUAUGAACCAUACCUAGAUAAAGGACUUCAAAUUUGAAGCCAAGCGAUAUAUCCGGGAUCUUUUCUAAUGACUUGUGUAUGUCUUGCCAGUAUCUUGUGAUGUUUGGACAGUCCCAAGAUAUGUGAUAAUGAUUGGCAUUUUGGGACCCACGCCGUUUCCAACAUAAUGUAUUACCUAAGAAUUUACUUUUCUGUUUUGGGGUAAAAAAAAAAAAGAAGUGAAUAACAUUUCUCCUGUAAAAUUCCCUCCAAUAUGAAGAGUAAGACGUUGACCAUUGCAACUUGCAGGUAUUUCCCCAUUCCUAAAUUGUUAUUAUAGCACUGCUCUCUUUUACCCAUCUCUCCUUAAUAUAUGAGGUUGAGUCUGCAUCUAAACCUGUCAUUCCUUUAAACAAUCUAGAGAUGAUCUUCUCUGUCAAUUGGGAAUUAUAAGCUGAUGCAAAUAUUUUAAUGAUGGCAUUGUUUUGUGAUAAAAAUGCUGUCUCAGUUGGAGAUACCUAUAGAAAUCCUUUGAUUCAAGACUAUAUCUAUAAGAGUUUGAAAGUCAAGCAAUUCCCCUUUAUCCAUAAUAGUACAGUAGGCUGUAAGCCACUUCUCUGCCCAUGUUUUAAAGCGAUUAUCUGGUGUGUUUGGUUUAAAAUCUGUCUCAAAUGUACAGCAUUUUAGUACUUUCACUAAAUCCUUUGUUUUAUAUUCCUUGAUAAUCUCAUGCCAAAUUUUCAAUGAUACCUCUAUCCAUUGAUUUCCUUUUUUUAUUUGUAAUUAGUCUUUUAUCAGCAGUAACUGUUUGUGUAGGAAUCUCCCCAAACCACCUAAUCUCAACGUCCUUCCAUCUUGCUUGAUAAUCAGGAUAGCACCAACAGAUAAUAGGCCUUAACUGUGCUGCAUAAUAAUAUUUCUGUAAACAUGGUAGUGCCACUCCACCUUUUUCUUUACUCAGCUGCAGUGGUUUCUUACCCUGCCAUAUGAAUCUGGAAAUUAAUUUAUCCCUUAUCCCUGUUUUUGGAAUAUUCAAUUUGAAGCCUGAAAAGGAUCCAAAGACAUUUAAUGUUUCUAUAAGUUCACCAAAUAUCUGUGUUGGGUCCGUUAGAUACAUUAACAUGCCAUCUGUAAAUAAUGCUAUUUUACGUUCAUCUGCCUUUAUAUUAAAUCCUUUUAUUUUUUA